AUGGCGAGGGGCGACAAUAAUAACAACAACUCGCAACCACCGACCAUGGAGGAGAUGAUGGUAAUGAUCAACGGCUUAAGGGAGGAGCACGCACGAUCCAGGGAGAGAGAGGACGCCAUGCAACGUGAAAACGAGGAGAUCAGGAGGCGAGCAGAUGAGAUGCAUGCCAGGAUAGAAGCCAGCACCAGAACGGUGGAGGAGGAUGUCAUUUUGGAAGUCCCUAGGGAUUUUCGGCCUUUCUCGGAAGCUAUUGAGGCCGAGGCCAUCACCAGGGAUCAUCGGAUACCCCAAGUCGAGCCUUUCGAUGGAACGCAGGAUCCUAGUCAACAUUUGACGGACUUCCGGGCCCAAAUGUUGAUCUGUGGUGGGAGCAUGCAGGUCCGUUGCAAAUUGUUCAUGGGUACGCUCAAAAAGGCAGCACUCGAUUGGUUCAGCGGUCUUCCUGAUCGAUCGAUCACCGACUUCGAUGUCUUUAGCCGGCUCUUCAUGGCGCAGUUCGCCGCCAACAAGAAGAAACCACUGUUUGACCUCAAGCAACAACGUGAGGAGUCCCUAAAAGACUUUAUGCAAAGGUUCAAUGAGGUCGCCUUGAGGAUAGCGUCGCUGGACGAACGAAUGGCGGUCAUCGCAUUCCAGAAGGGUUUAAGGUCCGGGGCUUUCGAUAUCGCGCUUGAAAAAGCAAAUUGGGGCAGCAAUAAGGAGGGUAACAAACAUCUCCGGCCACGGUCGGAUUGGAGUAAGAGACGCGACCAAUACAACUCGAGGGAGAGCAACUACCGACAGACCGAUCGUGUUGGUCGGUCAGGAGGCGAGUGGCCGUGUGGCAAGGAGGAGGAGAAGUUUACUCCGCUUAAUGUCCCUAGACGACACAUAUUGCACGACGUUAAUAGUGCAUCAUUAUUCGAGUUCCCAGCGGCUACCGAUCGCCAGUUGGGACCUUAUAAAACCGACUGGUAUGAGUUUCAUCGGACUCACGGACACACGACGGAGAAUUGUUUCGUCCUCGGUAGGCAAAUUGAGCGCCUUAUCAAGGAGGGUCGUUUGAAAAAGUUUAUUGCAAGGAAGCAGGAGGAGGACUCGUCAAACAGGCGACGCAGGCAGGAGGGAGAAGGCACCAGGAGAGGAGGAAGGCAUGAAGGGAGAUCUCCACCGAGAGAUCCCCCGCAAAAAUCUAUGGAGACUCACCAGCAGGCCGUCCACGGAGAUUUCAAUACUGUAGCAGGGGGAUUUGCUGGAGGAGGCCCGACAUCAGCAGCACGGAAGAGGUACUCUCGGUCGGUAUUGUCGGUCUCGGAUUGGGUGAAGCCAUCUCGGCCACCUAUAACGUUUUCGGACGCCGACUUCGAAGGUGUGUCACCACACGAGGAUGACCCGAUAGUCAUCUCAGCAAUCGUCAUGGGCUACAACGUAAAACGCGUAUUGGUGGAUCAAGGCAGUUCAGCGGACAUAAUGUUUUGGGAAGCUUUCAUCGGAAUGAAAAUUCCGACUGACCGCCUCAUGCCAUACGCAGGUACGUUAGUCGGUUUUGCAGGUGAUCAGAUAACUGCUAGGGGAUACGCCGACUUGGAAACAACUUUCGGCUAG